GCCGGGAAAUGGAGAAACAACCCGAAUCGAGCCGUCGCGAUUCAGGUGAUGCGAGUAGCUCAUCGUCCGCAGAUGGACGAAUCGGAGGCGGAGGUAACGGAGACGCGAUGGCUCGAGGGUUAUCAUCGAUGCUAGAGUCCGUAAUUAAGGAAUUCGACUCAAAAUCAGUCGAUACUAUCAGUAGCCAAGACAAACUCUCCGCCUCGCUCGAUCGACUAGUCCAUGAGCUCGAUCAAUUGCUGGAGAACGCUCCGUUGCCGUUCAUUGUACAACACGCGUCGAGGAUCUCCACCGUUAAACAAAGAGUCUCGUCGCUGAAUCUGGUGCUUAAAUCUAUACAAAGACGCAUUGAUAACAUCGAUCACAUGCUCUCUACUAAUAUCAUUCAAGAUAAAACAGCCUCGGGCACUACUUGAUGACCAAAACGCCAGUGGCUCUUCGGCUUUAAUAGCACAAAAUUACAAAAACGAGAGAGGUAAGUGUAUGCAAGUGUGUUUUUGCUCACAUACAAACCACAGCGUUUUGCUGUUGGUAGUCUUUUAUUGGGCUUCUAUCAAAUAUGGUUUGGUUCUUUUAGCGGGCUUUUAUAUAAUCUGUUCUUUUUCAGUUUGUAAAAAGACCCAAUUUCUCAUUUUAUUUUAAAAUUGUUUUACUAAUAAAAUAAAACAUAUAUUGUUUUGUAUUGGUCCAUCAAUCAAUCAUGUAGAACAGAAUUUCAAAGCGAAUAUGUCGUCCCGUUAGUUUAUUGUUUAUAAUAUCGUUUUUGUUUCU